AUGAUCGCACCACGGAUCGCGUCACGCGCGGCUCGGCGGGUGCUGGGUACAAGUGGCGUUCCUCGCAUUGCUCCGUCAGCAUCCGAUCUGGCUGACGUGUUUGACGUGUCUCGCGUAGCUCCGUCAGCAGCAAAUCUGGCUGACGUGGCUGACGUGUCUCGCGUGGCUAGCAUGCCACAGUCAGCUGCAGAUCUGGCAGGCGUACGGCCGAUUUCCGCUGCCCGUGCGUGUUCAUCCGCGUUACUGGCACCUCCGUCUACUCGGUUGACUUCGUCGGGCCCGUUGACUCCGUUGACUCGGUUGACUCAGACGCGCGGGUCGCAGUUCGCGUCGGGGUUCUCCAUGCCGCAGCCGAAGCGGCUCGAGGAGAUCAUGUCGGUGGACGCGCUGCGAGCAUGCGCGCCCGACGAGAUCGCCGCCACGUGGAACAACCACCAUCUGGGUCGCACACACGUCAGCACCGUGAUUCCUGCCGCUGCCUUUGAGACGCUGCAGCACCGAGCGAGGGUGUGUCCCAUGUUUGUACUUCCAGUGGCGAGAAGCAAGGGAUUCGUGACCAUGCUCGCACAAGCCCAGAUGCCCCACUUGCUCUUCACUGGUCUUGAGGACUUCAAGGUCCGAGGCCCUUCCGCAUCGCCAUUCUUUACAGUCACACACUACCCCGACCUAGCAGCUGAGAAAGGGGUGGUUCUGGUCCGAGGAGACGUGGUUCUGCCGAGCAAGCUGAUUGAUGAAGAGGCGCGGACACUUCUAAGAGAUCUACACUCUUUUUACACGGAGGACUCUCGCUAUCGCUAUGUAGAAGCUUUUAAUAAGCGACCUGACGAGUUUGAUUAUCGUGCUGUUGUCAGGGCACUCGGUAUUGUUGCUGCUGGAUGGUAG